AUGGCUAGCCAGAACCCCAGCGACGUUCCCGCCUCCGAGGGUGCUGCCCCCAGGCCCUGCCCGACCGCACUCAAAACCCCGCUGAUAACCAGGCGGAACGCCGCCAAGAAAGCCGCGAAGCUCGCGAAGUUGAAGGCCGACAAGGCCGAUAAGAAGGCCUCGAACAAGGGAGAGAAGGGAAUUGGCAAACCAGAGGCCAAGAAAGCUUCCAAGAAGAAGGUUGACGGUGCCGCGUUGAUUGGUAUCGAUGUUUUGAAGGAGGAGGACUUCCCCGGCUGGUACCAGCAGGUUCUUACCAAGGGUGAUUUGCUGGACUACUACGAUGUCUCCGGCUGCUUCAUUCUCAAGCCCGCUCUUUUCUUCAUCUGGGAGGAGAUCCAGGACUUCUUCAACAAGGCCAUCAAGGGAAUGGGUGUGAAGAACUGCUCUUUCCCUCUGUUCGUGUCUGAGGAUGUCUUGCAGCGCGAGAAGGAUCACAUUGAGGGAUUCGCCGCUGAGGUCGCUUGGGUCCGAACUGCGCUAACAUAUACUUCUAGUGGCUCGACCCCCCUCGAGAAGAAGAUCGCCAUUCGCCCUACUUCCGAGACUGUUAUGUACCCUUACUACGCCAAGUGGAUUCGCAGUCACCGCGACCUUCCUCUUCGCCUCAACCAGUGGAACUCAGUCGUACGAUGGGAGUUCAAGCACCCCCAACCCCUCCUCAGAUCUCGCGAGUUCCUGUGGCAAGAGGGUCACACCGCGCAUCUGACUGAGGAUGCUGCUCGCGAGGAAGUUCUGAAGAUUCUUGACUACUAUGCCAAGAUCUACGAGGAGCUUCUCGCCGUGCCCGUUGUCAAGGGCCAGAAGACUGAGAAGGAGAAGUUCGCCGGUGGUAACUACACUACUACCGUUGAGGGCUACAUCCCCGCCACUGGCCGUGGUAUCCAGGGUGGCACAUCACACGGUCUCGGUCAGAACUUCAGUAAAAUGUUCGGUAUCACCGUCGAGGAUCCCACUUCUACCCCCGAUGAGAAGAAGCCCCCUCUUCACGUCUGGCAAAACUCCUGGGGUCUGUCCACCCGCUCUUUGGGUGUCAUGGUCAUGAUCCACAGUGACAACAAGGGUCUGGUUCUGCCUCCCCGUGUUGCCGAGGUCCAGGUCAUCAUCGUCCCCGUCGGUCUCACCGUCAAGACCACCGAUGAGGAGCGCGAGAAGCUCAAUGCCGAGGUCGACGGCCUCGUUGCUGUGCUCGUUGCCGCCGGCGUCCGUGCCGACAGCGACAAGAGCAGCUACUCCCCCGGUUGGAAGUUCAACCAGUACGAGCUCCGUGGUGUGCCUCUGCGCAUCGAGUUCGGCCCCGGCGAGUCUGCCGGCCACUUCGUUACCACCGCCCGCCGCGAUAUCCCCGGCAAGGAUGGCAAGGGCACCCUCCCCAUUUCCGAGCUGGCUACUGGCGUUCCUGCGCUUCUCGAGACUAUCCAGUCUGAUAUGUACAACCGUGCUGAUGAACAGUUCAAGGCCCACCGCAUCAAGAUCACCAAGUGGGAUGACUUUGUUCCCGCUCUGAACAACAAGAACCUCUGCGUCAUCCCCCACUGCUUGACCGAGGAGUGUGAGGACCAGAUCAAGGAUAUGAGUGCCCGCAAGGCUGAGGAAGACUCCGGCGAAGCUGAGGAUGCCAAGGCUCCCAGCAUGGGUGCUAAGUCUCUGUGUAUUCCUUUCGAGCAGCCCGAGGGUCUCGAGAAGGGUGUCACCCCCUGCUGCAACCCCAAGUGCCAACGCCCUGCUGAGAAAUGGUGCAUGUUUGGCCGCUCCUACUAA